AUGUCGCACUGUCACGACGAACACGAAGGCCAUGGCCACGGCCACAGCCACGCGCACGGCGUCCACGACCAUUCAGACGACAUCACUCCGGCUCUGCAAAACAGCCUUUACAAACAGAUCGACUUUGACGCCAUCAACACUCUGAAUGAGAGCGCCUCAGGAUCCGGAAGCAACAUCUGUAAAAAGACAUGGGACGAGCGAUUGAACCCUGAGCCCGAACUCUGCAGCGAUGCCGACGAGCAAUUGCUGAUGCAUAUCCCCUUCACGGCACAAAUCCGCCUGCACUCCAUCAUGAUCCGCACAUCCACGACCGACUCCGCGCCUCUAACGCUCAAACUCUUCAUCAACCGCGACGACCUCGACUUCAGCACCGCCUCAGAGGUCCAGCCAACCCAGACCUUGUCGCUGUCGCAAAGCAAUGAUGUCCAGGAAGUCCCUGUCAAGCGUGCUCUGUUCAACACGGUGCGCUCGCUGGAUCUGUUCUUCGAAGACAACUGGGGAAGAGGCGAUGAGGAUGAGACGCGUAUUUCUUACCUUGGCUUCAAGGGUGAGUGGAUGGCUUUAAACCGUGAACCCAUCAAUUUUGUCUAUGAGGCUGCUGCCAAUCCAAGUGAUCACAAGAUGGUCUCUGGUGUCAGGGGCGAGGUGGGCAGUCGCCUGGGAGGGGCAGGUGGUCGA